AUGAGCCAUUCGGCAGGCCGUGCGGAUGUCGCCUACUGUGGUGACUCGCUGAUGGGCGUAUCCAUUGCCAUCGCAGUCGUCCAAAUACUGGUGGUCGCCGCUCGGUUCUAUGCCCGCUAUGUACAGCGAGUCGCCUACGCAGUCGAUGACUACCUGAUUAUACCUUCUUUGAUUGCCAGCUUAGGCCAAUCCGCAUUAUACAUAGUCUUGCUCAAGAUUGGUGGGCUGGGUUAUCAUCUCGAAUACGUGAUGCAGACCCCCGAGAAACUCGUCAAUCUUCAAAAGGUGACAUUUCUCUCAGAGCCCUCGUUAAUGCGACCGUUAAUCCGAUUCCAGGGGCUGGUGGCCAACCAAAUUCUCGACUUUCCCUUUACCGUGACCCCGGCGAAGAUUUCGAUUCUUCUCUUCUAUAUCCGCAUCUUCAGCACACCCAAGUUCCGCACGAUAGCCUACACGGUUGGCUUUAUUGUCCUGGGCCAUGGGAUUGGUGUCUUUUUCGCGGCGAUAUUCCAAUGUGCCCCUGUGCAAUAUGCAUGGGAUAAGACCAUUCCAGGUGGAUCGUGCUUUGACCAACAAGCGUUUUAUCGCUAUGUCUCCCCUCCGAACAUUCUGACAGAUGUCUUGAUCUUGGUCAUGCCCUUGCCGUUUGUCUGGAAGCUGCAGACACGAAUGACACAGAAACUCGCCCUGACAGGGGUCUUCAUACUUGGAGGAAUGGGGACUGUCGCCAGCGUUUUGCGCAUGACUAUCUUUUUCCAGGAGAACGCUCUCACUGAUCCGACCUGGGCAUCGGUGAAUCUAGGUAUCUGGACCGUAAUCGAAGCGGGCAUCAUUAUCAUUUCGGCGUGUCUCCCUUCUAUCUGGCCGUUAAUCGUUCGGAUUCUACCACGGAAGUUAAUGAGCAAACACUCCUCCAAGACCCGAGGUCAGCGGUACACCGCUAGCAAUGUCAAAGCGAAAGUAGGAGAUGGCUUCUCCAGGCUUGGGGAGAACAUCACCGGGGAGACGGAUAAGUGGCCCCUCGGCAUGAAUCCUUCGCACGACAGCCCCUCGACAUCUAUACACGGCCAAGUACUGGCGAAGGGUGAAAGCAUAUCGCUACGGAGCCUAGAUGAGACCCGACGGGAGCCACGAUAUUCAUGA